CUGAAUAAAAAAUUCUCUCAAAAAGAAGACAAAAAUCACCCGAACCAAAGAAACACAGAACACAUCAUAAAAGAGAAGCAGAGAAGUGAGAACAUGCCAGGACAGACUAAGCCAAAACCAAUAGCACAGAUCUCUGAUAUCUUCAAACAAGAAAAACAUGAAAAAAUCAGAACUGUGCUUACCACUGGAGAGGCUGGCAUAGGAAAAUCUUUCUAUGUCCAGAAAUUCAUACAAGGCUGGGCUAAAAAUGAAAAAUCAGCUUAUGAAUGGCUAAAGUUUUGGAAGAGACACAGUGAUGACCCAGACCUUAUAUUUCCACUGACUUUCUCUGAACUAAAUAUGAAAAAAAACAAAAAAUUCAGUUUGGUGGGACUUCUCAAUCAUUUCUUUGAAGAAACCAAACAGUCUGUGAUCUCCAGCUACACGGAGUAUCCAGUGCUGUUUGUCUUUGAUGGCUUGGAUCAAUUUGAACCUCAUCUUGACUUUGACAACAGCGAGACCUUGACUGAUAUCAGACAGACAGCCUCAGUGGAUGUGCUACUGACAAACCUCAUCAAGGGGAAUCUGCUUCCUUCAGCCCAAGUCUGGAUAACCUCCCAACCUUCAGCCAGUGAGAAGAUCCAUCAUGAUUUUGUCAGCAGGUUGACAGAAAUACGAGAGAAGCCACAUAUUGUUAGUCACCGGAAACUCAAAUCUCAUCUGAAGGCCCAGUUUCGCUGUGUGUCUGAAGGGAUUGAUAAGAAGGGAAAUUCUGCUCUUCUGAAUGAGAUCUACACUGAUCUCUACAUCAUAGAGGGAGAUACUGAAGAGGUCAAUAGUCAGCACGAGUCCAGGCAGAUUCAAGGGGCAUCAUUCAAAUCAUUAAGAAAAGAAACAUCCAUUAAAUACCAUGACAUCUUCAAACCUGUAUCAGGGCAAGCUAAAAUCAGAACUGUGCUAACAAAUGGAGUGGCAGGCAUUGGAAAAACAAUUGCUUCACAGAAGUACAUGCUGGAUUGGGCUGAGGGUGUGGCCAACCAGGAGAUACACUACACAUUUUCUUUUCCUUUCCGGGAGCUGAAUUUGAGAAAAGAUGAUGAACACAGUUUAGAGGGACUUAUUCAUCAGUUCUUCCCGGUUAUGUCAACAUCAGAAAUCUCCAACUAUGACAGAUAUGGAAUUCUGAUUGUCCUGGAUGGUCUCGAUGAGUGUCGGUUUGAUCUUAACUUCAAAGACAGUCCAAUCUGUAGAGAUGUCAAGGAGUCAACCUCACUGAAUGUUCUCCUGACAAACCUCAUCCAGGGAAACCUGCUCACCAAAGCUCAAAUCUGGAUCACCUCCCGACCAGCAACAUCCAAUCGCAUCCCUGCUACGAAUGUCGACCGGAUGACUGAGGUGCGAGGAUUCAAUGAUUUGCAGAAGGAGGAGUACUUCAGGAAGAGAUUCCGUGAUGAAGACUUGGCCGAGAGAAUCAUCUCACAUGUCAAGAAAUCAAGGAGCCUUUACAUUAUGUGCCACAUCCCUGUCUUCUGUUGGAUCACUGCAACAGUCCUGGAAAAGUUGGUGAGCACAAACCAGGCAGGAGAAAUGCCCAAGACUCUGACUGACAUGUACAUACGCUUUCUUUUGCUACAGUGUGAACAAGGCAAUGUGAAGUAUGGCAGAAGUCAGGAAGGUGACAGGUCUGAGACAUCUGAGAUACCGGAGACUGAUGGCACAUCGGACAGAAAUUCAUGCUGGAAUACAGAAAACAAAAAUACCAUUCUGUCUCUGGGGAAACUGGCCUAUGAAGAGCUUGAGAAAGGAAACCUGGUCUUCACUGAAGAAGAUCUGGCAGAGUGUGGCAUUGAUAUCACAGCAACUGCAGUCUACUCGGGAUUAUUUACAAAGAUCUCAAGAGAUGACAAUGGGCUGUACAAACAGAAAAUGUUCUGCUUCGUCCAUCUGAGCAUUCAGGAGUUUCUGGCUGCUGUUUAUGUCUUUCUCACAUUCAACAAUGAACGUCAAAAUGUGCUUACCACACCAGCCUCCACGGGUGAAGACCUCCCUGCAUACGACUUCUAUAAGAGUGCAGUGGACAAGGCUUUAGGCAGCAAAAACGGAGACUGGGACCUGUUUCUCCGCUUCCUCCUUGGCCUUUCUCUGGAGACUAAUCAAAAACCUCUGCAACAACUGCUGUCCCAGACAGAAGACAGCUCUGAGGCCAACAAGAAAACAAUUGAGUACAUUAAGGAGAAGAUCAGGGAUGAGAGCCAAGAUGCAGAUAAAAAUAUCAAUUUGUUCCACUGUCUGAAUGAGCUGAACGACCAUUCUCUUGUGAACGAGAUCAAAGAGUCAAUGCGCUCAGGAAGUCAUGCAUAUGAAAAGUUUACCCCCGCCCAGUGGUCAGCGCUGACAUUUGUCUUGCUGACAUCAGAUGAGAAGCUGGAUGUGUUUGAUCUAAAGGAGUACCUCAAAUCAGAGGACGUUCUUCUGGGGAUGCUACCAGUGGUCAAAAUCUCCACAACUGCUUUGCUGAGUUGGUGUGAGCUUUCUGAGAAAGCCUGUGCAGGUCUGGCCUCCUCAGUCCUCAGCUCCUGUUCCUCCAACCUGACAGAGCUGGACCUCAGUAAUAACGACCUGAUGGAUUCAGGUGUGGAGUCGCUUUGUGAUGGUCUUGAGGUUGUCAGCUGCAGACUAGAGAUUCUCAAAUUGUCCGGUUGUCAGGUGACGGAGAUAGGCUGUGCUUCACUGGCCUCGGCUCUGAACUUCAGAGCCUCCAAGCUGAAACAGCUGGAUCUGAGCUACAAUCACCCAGGAGACUGUGGCGUGGCAGAACUCUCUGCAAUAAAGGAGAAUCCAGAUUUCAGCCUGGAGACACUCAGAUUGGAUCAUGGUGGAGAGCACCGGUUACAACCAGGGCUGAAGAAAUAUUGUGUUGAUCUGACGCUGGACAAAAACACAGCAAGCGGGAGGCUGGAUGUGUCCAAAGGGAACAAGAGCGCAGUGAAGGUGAAAGAGGAUAAUCUAAUAUCUCAGGUAAUUUGUAAACAAGGUCUCAAGAGUCGCUGCUACUGGGAGGUGGAGUGGAGCGGGACGGUCCACAUUGGAGUGACAUAUAAAGAAGUCAAAAAGAGUGGACAGGACAGUGGCUGUGGCCCAGGAAGCAGUAAGAGGUACUGGAGACUGUGCUGCUCAAACACCAAAUACACUGCCUGGCAUGAGACGCCCACAAGUGUUCCAGCCCCCUCCCAAAAAAUAGCUCUGUUUCUGGACUGGGAAGGUGGCACUCUGGACUAUUACACUGUCUCCUCUGGAAAGUUGACACACAAACACACCUUCCGUGCCAAAUUCACCGAGCCCCUUUACCCCAGCUUUUGGUUUAAGCAUGGCUCAGUGUCUCUGCAUCCCACAGAUUUGGAUCAUGAAGCAGAGGGUCAGUUAAAGCCAGAGCUGAAGAAAUAUGGUGUGGCUCUCACGCUAGACGAAAACACAGCAAGUGAAAAGCUGGUUCUGUCCGAAGAGAGCAGGAAAGCAAGAAAAGUGGAGGGGGAGAGGGUCUCAUAUUGUCACCAGUCGGAGAGGUUUAAGAGGACUCAGGUGAUUUGUAGAGAAGGUCUCAGAGGGCGCUGCUACUGGGAGGUGGAGUGGAACGGGACGGUCGGCAUUGGAGUGGCAUAUAAAGGAGUGGAAAGGAGGGGAUGGGACAGCGGCUGCGGCAUGGGAUCCAAUGACAAGUCCUGGAGUCUGCUCUGCUCAAACACAGAAAACACUACCUGGCACAAGACGCCCACAAGUGUUCCAGCGCCCUCCCAAAAAAUAGCUCUGUUUCUGGACUGGGAAGGUGGCACUCUGGACUAUUACACUGUCUCCUCUGGAAAGCUGAAACACAUCCACACCUUCCGUGCUGAAUUCACCGAGCACCUCUACCCAGGCUUCUGGUUUGAGAAAGGCUCUGUGUUUCUGUGUCCCCCAGAGUAAGUCAAUAUGGGGGAAAAAAUGCAGGGAAAAAUACAUUUUAAUUUUCACUGGUCACAGUUUACACUAACUCUUCUAACCACCAUCUUAUUGAGGCAAUACUGAGAUAAAAAUGGAAGAACCAGUGUUUCUUGGAAUGUUUAAUAUUGUCAUACAUUAAGAAAUAACUUUACUGACUGCAUUGAUUGAAUACUAUAUCUUAUUCAAGAAUCUUUGAUGGUACUACUACGUUAAAAUUUUUUGAAGAGGUUAAACUAAUGACAUAAAAACCCAAGGAUAUCUUUUUUGUGAAGUAUUUCUUAUUAAAUAGGUGUCGGAAUACGUUAUGUUACGGUACAAUAUGUGCGUGUCAUUUUUCAUAUUCAAACAUGGUGAUGAAGGCUCUGUUCUGAAAUGCGUUGGGUUUUUCUAGUGUGACGUGAGCAAA